ACUAUAAAAACUUCAGUAGUGACAUCUUUAGUGGUGACGAGUCGCAUAAAUUCCUCAAAAUCCAUUACACAAUGUCGGGAAAUAUAAACUCUCAAGAUCAAAAUGAGUUUUGGUCCAACCAAGAAUAUUACGGGCAAUUUCAACAAGCAACUCAAGAUUCCUACAGCUUUAUGCCCGAUCAACAAACCCAAUUUGUACAAGAAUUAUCAUUUCAAACAUUUGAAGCAUCCGUCGAACCAACAGGGGGUGCUUACCCUAAUGUAUAUGGAAAUAAUCCGUAUUUAAACCCCCAAGGUGGUUACCAAGCACCGUUUUCCCCUCAAAACGCUCCUGGAGAAAAGUAUCAAGGUGAAAAUUAUGAAGAUGAACCUCCUUUACUUGAAGAACUUGGUGUUAACUUGCAUCAUAUCUGGCAAAAGACGUUAACUGUUUUGAAUCCUUUGAGAACACCUGAGGAGGAAGCUGCAAAAGAUACUGAUUUCGCUGGACCGUUAGUUUUCUGUUUGGUUUUUGGGGGAUUUUUGUUGUUGUCCGGAAAGGUGCACUUCGGUUACAUUUACGGGAUUGGUGUGCUUGGAUGCGUGUCUGUUUGGGCCCUUCUAAAUCUGAUGUCAACGGCAGGAGUAUCUCUAGGCACGGUCGUGACCGUAUUGGGAUACUGUAUACUCCCAAUGGUGGGUUUGUCUGGCAUCAACGUCGUCUUCAGCUUACAGGGUUACAUAGGAACGGUUUUAACCUCGUUUGCUAUAUUCUGGUGUAGUCUUUCGGCCUCGAAACUCUUCGUGGUCGCUUUAUCGAUGGACCAUCAACAGCCCCUUGUAAUGUACCCGUGUGGGCUUCUAUACGGUGUUUUUGCUUUGAUAACUGUGUUUUGAACAUAUUUCGAACACACCGCAACAACGUGGGUUUAGAUAAUUAUAAUUACUAGGGCAUUGUUCCAAACUUGUAUUGUUUAAUACGAAAAUAAACGGAAACAUAUUUUAAAACGUAAA